UCCAUCAUUUGAUGCCGUUGUCCUGGACGGAAGAACUUCUAUUUCCUCUCCGCUCUGUACACUUUGUGUCGACCCUUCUGGACACUCCGUUUAGUCCUCUGCUGCUCACGAACCAAGCCAUGCCCAUCACGGAGCUCUUUCUUGGUGCCUUUCUUCAGGUGUUGUUCGAUAGGUUGGCCUCUGCCAAGCUUCUCGACCUUGCACGGCGCGAGGAAUUGAUAUGCGGUUGAAGGAAUGGAAGAAGAUGCUAGAGAGUAUCCAGGUUGUGCUGGAUGAUGCAGAAGAUAAGCAACUCACCAACCAACCCUGGGUGAAGUCGUGGCUGGAAGAUCUUAGAAACUUGGCCUACGACAUUGAAGACUUGCUUGAUGAGUUCGUCAUAGAAUCUGUUGAAAGCAAGUCCAAGACAAGACCCAGCACUAGCCAGGCACGUUCCCUUCUUCCCAGUUGUUGCUUCAAAUUGAGCCCGAGAGAAUUCAUGUUCAAUCACAAAAUGAGAUCCAAGAUAGAAGAGAUGGAUGCCAGAGUACAGGAGAUCAUAACUCGAAAAAAUAGUCUAAGCCUCAUAGAGAAUAACGGGAAGCAAUCAACAAGUCACUUACCAGGUAAGCCAAUUCCAACUACACAUUUGAUCGAGGAUUGUUUUGUUGGUAGGGAGGAUAAAAAAUUGAGAUUCUCGAAUUGCUAACCGGAGAAGAAAACAAUAGAACAUGUAUGGAUAUAAGAGUAAUUCCCAUCGUAGGGAUGCCGGGUCUUGGGAAGACAGCUUUGGCUCAACAAGUCUUCAAUGAUGCUAGAGUCACCAGCUAUUUUGAUGCAAAGGCAUGGGCUUGUGUUUCCGAUGAUUUUAACAUGCUUGCUAUCACAAAGAGUAUCCUACAAAAAAUAAAUUGCACUUUGGCUUGUGACGAUAAGGACCUAGAUUGGCUUCAGGAUAAGCUCAAAGAAAAUCUUUCGGGGAAGAAGUUUCUUGUUGUUUUGGACGAUAUUUGGAAUGAGAGCUAUGAAAAAUGGACUAACCUCUUGAAACCUUUUCAAUCGGGAGCGAAGGGAAGCAAAAUCAUCAUCACAACCCGUAACUUCCCAGUUGCUAAAAUAGCCAGUGCUAGACCCUAUACUCUCGAAGUGUUGUCACAAGACGCUUGCGUGACUCUAUUUGCAUUUCAUGCUCUUAGAGUCGAAAAUUUUGAUCAUCAUCCUAAUCUUGAAGCAUUAGGGCUCAAAAUAGUGGAAAAAUGCAAAGGGUUGCCAUUAGCUGUGAAGACAUUGGCUGGAUUGCUACGCACUAAAGUUAGUUCACAUGAAUGGGAAUCUAUAUUGAACAGCAAGAUUUGGGAUCUACCAAGCAAAAGUAAUGACAUCCUUCCGGCUUUGAAACUUAGCUACCUCCAUCUUCCUUCCAAUCUGAGGAGAUGUUUUGCUUACUGUGCUAUAUUUCCCAAAGACUAUGAAAUUCAACGAGACCAGUUGAUUCACUGGUGGAUUGCGAACGGCUUCGUGGAUGGAAAAGAAGCGAAGAAUCAAUGGAAUGCAGGUUUGAAUUAUUUCAACGAGCUAGUAAAUAGAUCGUUAUUUCAAAGGUCGAGUAGCAAUGAAUCACGAUUCCUGAUGCAUGAUCUUGUGAAUGACUUGGCAAAGCUAGCUGCAGGUGCAUCCCAUUAUUGUUCAGAGGAAUUUGAGUUUGAUGUGUCUUUAGUUCGUCAUGCCUCAUUCCUUCCGAGCAAGUACAUUGUGCUAGAAAGACUCAAGAUAUAUCAUUGGAUGCAAGGACUUAGGAGUUUCAUAUCGUUAAAUAAGCCAUAUCGUUUUUCCAAUGUGUCCCAGAAAGUGCUAUGUGACUUGUUGUCCAAAUUGAAGUACUUGAGGGUGCUUUCAUUGAGUUACUAUAACAUCUACGAGGUACUAGAUUGCAUAGGCAAAUUGAGGCACCUAAGGCACCUUAAUCUGUCACAUACUUAUAUUAGAACGCUUCCAAAGUCAAUUGUUGCAUUGCACAACCUAGAAGCUUUGAUGUUGCAGGGCUGUGAACUCCUUAUUGAAUUACCUGAAGGUAUGGAAAAACUGAUCAAUCUAAGAUUUCUUGACAUUACCAACACUAGAAGCCUAGAAAAGAUGCCAUUGUAUGUAGGUAAUUUGGCGGGUCUUGAGAUGUUGUCGAAGUUUAUAGUGGGAACGGGAAAUGGCUCAAGGUUGAAGGAGUUGAAAAACCUGGAGAACCUUAGAGGGGAAUUGUGCAUCUCUAAUUUGCAUACGGUUAAAAAGUCAGACGCCGGCAAUGCCAAUUUAUGCACGAAGAAGGAAAUAUGCCAGUUGACCAUGCAAUGGAGUACAGAUUUUGAAAAUUUCCGAAAUGAAGAGCUUGAAGGAGAGGUCCUUAAACUUCUUCACCCUCAUCAAAACCUCGAAAAUCUUAAAAUAUCCUAUUACGGUGGCCUAGAAUUCCCAUCAUGGUUAGGAAGUUCCUCCCAUGUUAACAUAGUGUGUUUACGUUUACAUAGGUGCCAAAGGAUCAAAGCAUUACCAUCACUUGGGCAGCUAUCUUCGCUGAAAGGACUAUACAUCGAAGGUUUAGAUGAAAUACGAUUGGUAGGGUCUGAAUUUCGUGGAAGUAAGAAUCCUUUUCCAUCCUUGUUAACUUUGGAAUUUAAGGACAUGCCGUUGUGGGUGGACUGGUCUCAUUGCAUCGACACGGAAGAAGUUGGAGUUGUAUUCCCUCGUCUUGAGGAUCUCGUCAUUCAAGAUUGCCCUAUGCUAAUCGGAAGAUUGCCUAGUCAAUUAAGCUCCCUCAUAAAGCUCAAAAUCUACUCUUGUCCGUGUAUGGAUGCCUCGCUCACUAUCACAAGCCUUCCAUCUCUCAAUGAGUUAGACUUCAGAGGUUGUAAUGAGGGGGUGCUGAAGAGUUUGAUAAAUCUCACAUCUCUAACUGUUCUUCUCAUGGAAAAUGUUGCUGAACUAACUUGCUUAAAUCAUGGGUUUGCAAGCUCCUUGAUCAAGCUAGAGAAGUUGGAGAUCGAAAAGUGUACAAAGUUAAUAUAUCUAUGGCAAGACGGAGAUGUAAUUCGGAACCUCAAUUGUCUAAAGAGAUUAGUCAUAUGUAGAUGUCCGAAGUUCAUAUAUUUUGUUGCUAAAGGAGAUAUAGAGCUGCCUAGCAACCUUGAAACAAUCAAAUUGGAAAAUUGCAUCAAUUUAGAAAAGCUUCCAAACGAAGUGCACACCCUCUCUUCUCUUAGAGAUUUGGUGGUUAAAAUUUGUCCGAAACUCGUGUCCUUCCCCGAAAUAGGUAUACCGACAUCUUUGAUAUCAUUAAAUAUCAGGGACUGUGAGAUGUUGCAAUCUUUACCUAGAGGAUUAAGUGCUCAUCUAGAUGAACCAAGCAGCAACAAUAGCAAUACCCACAAUGACAUUAUAUCUUGUCUACAAGACUUAAGAAUCUCCGGAUGCAGUUCUUUGCCAUCCUCUCCAUUUAGUGAGGGUAUAUUUUUACUCACGGCCCUCAAGAGACUUGUCAUUCAUUACUGCAAGGGAGUAGAGUCGCUUGCGGAGAUACAUCUAGACCCUCUUCAGUCUAUUCAAGAGAUUGAAAUUCGGGGUUUGAAGAAUUUGAUAAGCUUACCCCAAGGUCUACACACGCUGUCUCGGCUCACUUGGUUGGCAUUGGUUAGCUGUCCUAGUUUGGAGAUGGAGUGCUUCCCUCCUCUUCCUCCCAGCAUCUCGAUAUUUUUGCUUCUAGAUUGUCCGAAGAUAAAAUCGUUGCCUAAUCAAUUGCAUGGACUCACUCGAAGUCUAUCAAUUUUGGGGUGCAAGAGAUUGACGCGCUUCCCUGAGGGAGGAUUGCCGCCCCAGCUAGAGAGACUUUGGGUAAGUCGAUGCGAGAAUAUAAAGCAGCCGAUAAGCGAGUGGCUCACCCCUCUCACCUCCCUUGAAAGGCUAGAUAUCGACGGCAGCGUGGGAGGGGUGGGAGAGGAGGAGGAUCUUGUGCUCCCGCUCCCUUCCUCUCUGCUCCAUCUCUAUCUUUGGGAUGUGGGGAAAGUGGAAAGACUGUCCAGCAGUCUCCUUCCCUCUCUCCGGUCCUUGGAGAUCUCCAAUUGCCCAAAGUUGAGGGAGUUGCCCCAAGAUGGCCUCCCUCCCUCCCUAGAAAUGCUCAAAAUCGUUGGGUGUGUGAUGCUGGAGGAGCGAUGCAAGAAAGGGACCGGCUGCUAUUGGCCCCUUAUCUGCGAAAUCCCAAGAAUUGUAUUAGGCGGGCGGUCUAUAAUCUGAGCCCUGGCUCUUUCAUCAUCUGUCUCCUUCCCCCUUUGCUGUGUGCAACUCCAUCGCCACCGCUACUUCGGCUCUCCUCUCCAUCGUCGUCCUCACCUCCAUCUCCAUCCAUACUCGUAGUCACUUCUCUUCUCAGAUUUGGCAUCACUCCCCCUUCCUUUUUGAACUACUUCUUCCCAUGUUUUCAUCGGUCCAGCCAAAAUUUGGAUUUCUCAGCUUUUUUUUGCAUUCUGAGUAGUUCUUCGCACCCCUCCACCGAUUCUUUUGUUCAGGCUGUGCUCUGCCUCAUUCUCCAAGAUUCUCUCAAUCUUGCUCGCCUUUCAGAUUGCAUUGGAAUUCCCAGUGGUGAAGUUUGCCAGGACGACCUAGCGACCUAUGGAAAGUUCUGUAUAUCCUUCCCUUUAACAUUGCCUCCCACCGAUAAUAAGUCUACGAGAAAAGGAUGCUGAAGGGGGACCCCGGAUGUGAGAUUGCCACCGCAGGAUCUGCUGUUCUUAACAUCUUGACUUUGGUGGAAACUCUUUCCGUGAAAUGGAGUUGGUUCUCGGAUUACUCACAGGGUGUAGAGCUUUCACCAGAAGUGGGAGGAACUCGGUAUUAACUCUCUGUCUGCAUCUACCAAUACAAAGUACUUAUUCCCACACAUGCAAUCUUCUCAUUUCUGAGCAUACUGUGACGCACAUUGAAAUCUAUGGGGGAAACGGAUUUAUUGCGCCUCAACCCUUCCAUUCCAGCAUUUUACUCACCAUCCAAGAUUAGCCCUGGACUCUAUUAUGGCUGGUUGGCAAAGUUUAAAGAUAUCAAUUGGGCAAAACUAGGCGGUGUGAAAAAUGUCACUUCCAUCAUCGUCUCCUUCCCCUUUGUUGUCUGCACCUCAAUCACCUAUGCUUCACCUCUCCGCUCCAUCGUCCUCAAUUCCAUCACCGUCUCCAUCUCAUGAAGAUCUCAUUAAAAUCAGUAUUCUGGACUCAUCCAAUUCUUUUGUCAACACUGUGCUCUGUCUCAUUCUCCAAGAUUCUCUAAAUCUUGCUUGCCUUUCAGAUUACAUUGGAAUUCCAUUGGUGAAGUGUUUUGGUAUGACCCAGUGACCUAUAGAAAGGUCUAUAUACCCUUCCUGCACCAUCGCCUCACUGGUAUUAAGUCUAGGAGGCGAAGAUGCCGAAGGGGACCCUGGAUGUGAGAUUGCUUCUCAUUGUAGGGACGAAGGGACAUGCCACUAUAGGCUCUGUUCUUAAGAUCUUGACUUAUGUGGAAACUUUUCCAUGAUUACUUGGUUCUCAAAUUACUCACAAGGAUAGAAAUUACUUUUGCAGCAGUCACCAGAAGUGGAAGCAACUCGGUAUUAACUUUGUGUCUGCAUUUACUGAUACAAAGUACUUUAUUCCCAUGCACUCAAUCUUCUCAUUUCUAAGCAUACUGUGAUGCACAUUGAAAUCUAUGGGGGAAACAGAAUUAUUGUGCCUCAACCCUUCCAUUCUGGCAUUUUAUUUGGCAUCCAAGAUUAAGGAAUGGUUUAGUCGGUUUGAGUAUAGACACAAACAAAGGCGUUUCGCAUCCUGGAUAGCACUCAAUGAAAUUGUUGCCCAUUGUUCAUUUUGGUGACUAUUCCUAUUCUGCUUCAUGGAAUCAAAGAUGCACAUUGAAAUCUAUGGGGGAAACAGAAUUACUGUGCCUCAACCCUUCCAUUCUAGCAUUUUAUUUGGCAUCCAAGAUUAAGGAAUGGUUUAGUUGGUUUGAGUACAGACACAAACAAAGGCUUUUCGCAUCCUGGAUAGCACUCAAUGAAAUUGUUGCCCAUUGUUCAUUUUGGUGACUAUUCCUAUUCUGCUUCAUGGAAUCAAAGAUGCAUGGCCCUAUAGUCAUUGAUUGGCAAAGUUUAAAUGGUGGGUAGGUUUGUUUCUGCUAUUUCUUUUGUCAGGCUGUUUGGAAGACACGGGUAAUGAUCAUGGGGUAUAAUCAGAAUCUGGAAAGAAUCUCUUCUGAAGGAUAAGAAAAUUGUCCACAUUCUACUUGUUCUGUUAAAUUUCCAGCAAAUUGUCAGCAUUCUACUUGUUAAUUUUUAACAUCCCAAAUUAGUACAUGCAAUGGUCCAAAAUUUCUUGCUUGUUAUGUUGUUGGUUCUCCUGUUCUCCAGUUAUCUCAUUGACAUAAUUUCGUCCACAUUUUGUCGUGUGUGGCUAAGGGAUAGGUUCUACGUGAGGGGGAGUGUUAAGUUAUUAAUUAUUUAUACAUCGGUUGGCGCGUUUCUUUACAUUUAAGCUUUUAGGCAAUGCAACAUGCAGCAACCAAAUUUGACAGCAUGACCAAUCAGCCAACCCUAUGUUCUUGUCUGGUUAGUUCUUCUAGUAGGCAAUGAUUGAAUUACAACAAGAUUUAAAGCUUGGACAGUUAAAAAACUCUCGUAUGCCGGCUGACUUCAGCUUAUUAAACCUAUUCUUAAUAGUCUGGUUCACUAUUAGUGUCAAUUCUUUCUCUUGCCCUAGAAACUUAUUAAUAUGAUUGAGCAAAAGUGUAGAGCUUUCUUUAGGAAUGGAGAUCCUGAUGCUAAACAUGAUAAAAAGUUGGAUGGGACCCUGUCUACCUUCCUAGGCAAUUUGGAGGCCUUAGCAUUUGAAGAAUGGCUUUGUGAAAUCUUGCUUGUAUGUUGAAGUGCCUGUGGAUUAUUUUGUUGAGGUGUGGGUCUCUAUUUCUGCCUGGCUCUGUAGCUAUCGUUUUGACAGUAAUACAUCGAAACCCCGCACCAGAUGCAUGGUGGGUGAUAGCGAUAGCGAUAUUUUGGUAUGAUUUGUGGCACCAUGCUGGCAUCUUGCCAUAAUCAUUCUCAAGGUGAAGAAUUUAUGACCUUCUCUUCCUCUGCAGGCCAAAGUAUCUGCUGUAAUUCAUGACUCUCAUCUGCUAGAUCUAAAGAGUUUAUUUCCAUCCAAGGUGCAGUUUGUGGUGUGAACUUUCCUAAUUCCUCAGCUGCAGACGAAGUUGUAUGCAAAGCUUCUUCAAAUGGUUGCUUCGACUCUUUUGUUGCUUGGGAAAUUGUCAGAAACAAGAGCGCUAAUGUCGACUUGUGUGGUUAUCCCCUGAUGUGCUAAGAGCUUGGCUUAAUUUCUUGGUUAGUAAUGUGUGAUAAACUCCCCACUUUUGAGAGGAUUUACAGUUGGUCUGUUGGGAGUACCAGAUCCCUCUGAUUGUUCUGUAACAUAAGCAUUGGAUCUCGCUCUCAUCUAUUUUUCGAGUGUAGUUUCUCUAAUCAAGUAUGGAGCAAGGUGGUGCAGCUUUGUUGGAUUCGUAGAACUCCUAGAAUUUGGGAUUACAAAUUUGGUUCAAUAAAACAAGGUGCUUAGGGAAAGAUUUUCAGGAGUGUCCAUGGCAGUUUACAUGGAGCCACUGUAUGUGUUAUAUCUUGAGUCCAUGAAUAGUUUGUAUCAUAUACAGGCGGUUCCUUUGGA